CAUCCAUCAUCAGCCCACCCCACCCCCGCCUUCUCCUUCCUCCCGCCCGCCCGCCCGCCGCGUGCGUUCUCCUCCCUUCCCUCCUCUCGCCUGAGAGGAAAAGGGGGAGGGGCGCACAGAGAGGAGGAGGAGCUACCGGAGGUGGUGGAGGAACAACCAGCAGGGCCCGGCCGGCCGCCUAGUCCGUCCGUCGUCCAAUCCUCCUCCAGGCGCACACAUCGUCAUCGUCAACAACGACAACAUGGCUGCUGCCGGGCACGCGGUCGUGCCCAAGUUCGGCUCGUGGGACGCCGAGAACAUCGGCUACACCGUCUUCUUCGAGAAGGUGAGAGACAACAAGGCUCCGCCGGCUGCGCCACCGGCGGCCGCUCCCAAGCCUUCCGCCCCCGCUGCCGGCGGUAACGGAGGCUACGACUUCGACCCGUACGAGCACUACGAGAGCAUCAGCAGAAAGCCGCCGUCACGCCCGCCGAGCUCGCACGGCCAGCCCGCCGCUGCCAGGGCGCCGGCGCCCGGCGCCGGCUACGGCUACGGCGACUUCGACCCCUAUGAGCACUACGACAACCUCAGCAGCAGGAACGUGCCCUCCCGCCCGCCGAGCUCGCACGGCCACGCGCCGGCUGCUGGCUACGACUUCGACCCCUACGAGCACUACGAGAAUCUCAGCGCCAGGAACGUGCCGCCCUCCCGGCCGCCAAGCUCGCACGCCCACGCCCACGCGCCAGCGCCUCAGCCCCACCAUCGGACGUACCAGCACCAGCAUCCGCACCCCGGCCACGGGCACCACCGCCGCACCGGGAGCAGCAGCAGCAACGCGGCGUCGGAGGCCAGUAGCCGCGGCAGCAAGUUCUCGCCGCCCAGGCCGUACCAGCCCAGGUACACCAGCAACAGUACCAGCGACCGAAGCUUCCCGCCGCAGCCACAAGGCGGCAGCCACGGCCACGGCGCCCAAUACCACCACGGUGCGCCGAGGCCGGCGUCCGCCUCGCCGUCGCCGUCGCCGCCGCGCCACCAGCAGCCCCCGCUGCCGCCGCGCCCCAACAAGCCGUCGGCCGUGCCGAGGUUCGGCGUGUGGGACGAGCAGAACGCCGCGAUGGCGGCGCAGGGAUUCACGGUGCAGUUCGAGAAGGUGAAGCGCCACCGGGAGGAGGCCAGGACCGCCCCCGCGCCGCCCGUGCAGCCGCCGAAGCUGCUGUCGUCGCCCGACCACGCAGCGCCGCCACGCGCGCGGCGACACGGGAAGGGGAAGGCCAAGAGGUCCUUCAUGUCCAGGAUCUACAGGUGCCUGUUCCCAAGGGUCAGAGAGUGAGUGAUCCGACGAUGGUUAUACACAACCGCUCAGCCGUAUACGGUGUACUACGUGUUCUUCGACAGAGACGGUACUGUACUUCAGAAUUUGUUUGUUCUUUGUUCAUUAUAUAAUGCUGUAUAAUCUCCAUGC